AUGGCCAAAAGGAAGUUGGCGCGCGAGGACUCGGACGCGGCGUUUCCGCAUCUCGGGCAGAAGGAGCUGCUCUUCAAGAUACUCGUCGUUGGCGAUUACGGAGUCGGCAAAAGCUCGAUGGUCAGGAGGUUUACCGAGGGCAAAUUCUCGUCGAAUUACAAAAUUACCAUUGGAGCAGAUUUCGCCAUCAAGACGCUGGAUUGGGACCCAAACACCAAAAUCAAUCUGCAACUAUGGGAUAUUGCCGGCCACGAGAGAUUCGGCUACAUGACGAGGGUGUACUACAAAUACGCGGUCGCCGCAGCCUUGGUGUUCGACAUUACGCGAGUCAUGACAUUUCAAUCUGUCAAAAAAUGGUUGAGCGACCUCCGGGACAAAGUUCAACUGCCCGACGGCUCUAAAAUUCCCGUCGUCUUGCUUGCCAACAAGUGCGACAUUAAUCAGCCGUCGGUGCCCAACGAUCAGAUUAUCAAGUUUUGCAAGGAGAAUGACAUUGGCGCCUGGUUUCUCACUUCAGCAAAGGAAAACAUAGGAGUUGGUAAUUACCGGCUGAAAUAG